GGUUUCUGGCUCUUCUUUUAUCUGCCCCAUCUCCACUUCUCCACUUCUUCACCUGUCUGUUUUCCCUUGGAGACCUUUUUGUCAAGAAAAUAACGAAAGAAGAAGAUGCAGCUAGGGAAGAGACCGAGGCCGAGGCAACCGAUGAAGAGAACGACAAGCUUGAUGGAGAUCACUUUUGAUCUAAACACAAGCAACGUUGCUGAAGCAGCUCCACCGCCUGAUCCACUUAACCCUUUUAAAAACCACCCUAUACAGCAAGCUGGCGUUUGGGGUCCACAGAUACAGGCUGAUGAUGGAGGUUUAGAUCAGCGGUCCUUGGCGACGGUGUCACCUAGAGUUCAUAGGAGACACUUAGCUGAUUUUAUGGAAACCCCUCAUUUCUUAAGGUCUUGCGGUCUUUGCAGACGUCGCCUUGUUCCUGGACGUGAUAUUUAUAUGUACAGGGGUGAUAGUGCAUUUUGCAGCCUAGAGUGCAGGCAACAACAGAUGAACCAAGACGAGAAAAGAGAGAAAUGUUCGAUAGCAUCCAAGAAACAAGCCGCCGCUUCAUCUGUUGCCAGAUCCGGUGUCUCCGCCAAAGGCGAGACGGUUGCCGCCGUACAGUUAUAUUAAUUAGCGUGGCCAAAAAGGAAUUUUACCAAGCCCAAUUUCCAUGCUACUAGAAGGAAUCAAAAUAUAUGUAUGUAUGUAUGGAUGGAUGUAUGGGGAGUGCAAGUUUUAGCUUUGUAAUGUUAAUGGGACAAGUUUUGGACAUGUUAUUUUCUGUGGAUCCAAAAAUGAUCAUAAUCAUACCCCCAAAGUCUAAAUCCCUACCUUUUCCUAUAAAUCUUCUUAUUUUUGUUAUUACUUAAUGCAAGAAAAAAUUGCAGCUCUAAGUAGGUUUUGAA